AUGGCCACGGCACAGAGUGCAGCCAUUUUGUGGGCUGGGUUUUGGACCGACCCGGAUGACCCCAAAGGCGCUGACAGCCGAACCUCCAAGCAGAAGCUUUUUGAGUUUGCAAGGCUCACAGACCAUCAAACUGUUCAUCCAGCUACGCUUCUUGGAAGGACAAUCGAGGAGCACGGUGACCUGAACAGGUGCUAUAGGGAUGAGAGUGAGAACGAGCUGGCGCAGAACAUGUGGUCAUUGGUCAGCAUGUUCUUUGUGAUUGGAAUGCAGCAGAAGGAGCAAAGCACUGUCGUGGCUUUAGUCAACAAGCAGCUGGAUGGCCCGCGCCCCUUGAAAGCUGCCAUCCUUUUCCAGCAUGAAGUUCCAACCAUCGGGAUGGCUGCCUGGGGUUUGGACUCCUUUUGGUCUCCCCAGUUUUUCCUUAUCGAUUUGAUGGGCACUUGUUCGCAAACUGGACCGGCGCUGCGGCAGCAACUGUUUGAGGGCCUCUCUGUGUGGGCAAUGCAGAAAUGGAGCGAACAUGGGACCCUCGCAGACUUUACCAAGCGCUCGCGCCUUCGUUGGGCCUGCCUCGAUUGCCCCUCGCACAAGUGUCAGCUUGGCCCGAGACUUGCCAACUACGUGGCUCGUGUUGUCAAGGCUCAGGUGGUCCCAGAGCCUAACACGAUGGACAGACACACCUUCGAGACAGCCUUGGAGGUGACGGAGCACCAGAGCAUUGCCGCCAUCAUGGAAGCCGUGAAGGGCUCCAACUUGACGACAGCCACUGCGAUGCUGAGCAAGAUCAAUGGUUCUAUUGCGCAGGAGGUGCGCCAGGGGAUGAGUAAGCUUGACUCUUCGUCGACCUGGUGGAAGAGUUACUUCUCGCGGGAACAGCGUGAAGCUCCGCUGGAGAGAGCUUUGAUGGCCCGAACUCAUGAUCCGAACAUGGACGGCAGAACCCCCCUCCACUUGGCGGCACAGUUUGGACCAACAACCGUGGUGAAGCUGCUAGCAGAGACACCUUUCGUAGAUGUUAACGGGAAGGACCGGGUUGAUAGGACACCUCUUUUCCCUGCUGCCGGCUCUGCGCUGGACACGGCGGAAGUUCUGUUGAAGGCCAAGGCGGACAUCCAUGCAACGGACGCUGACGGAAUGACCCCUCUCUUCUUCGCAGCUAGGGUUGGCUCUAAAACCCAUGUUGAAGUUCUUUUGGCCUAUAAGGCAGAUCUCCAAGCAAGGGACGAUUGGGGGGAAUCUGCCCUUCAUGCAGCAGCGGAGGAGGGCAAUUCGGCUACGGUGAAAGCUCUGCUGAAGGCUAGAGCUGAUGUUCAUGCCACGGAUAAUGAGGGGGAAACUCCCCUCCAUAAAGCUGCCGAGGUUGAUGCGCAAGAGGUAGUGGAAGAGCUUCUGGCAGCAAGAGCCGAUGUCCGUGCGACCAACGAGGAUGAUGAAACGCCGUUGGAAGUGGCUGGCCAGAAUGCUGGAGUUCUCGAGCUUCUUCGAGCUUCUGAAUGA